CAAAACAUAUGGUGAAGAAGAGUUUGUGUGGAUGAGGUAGAGUCAAGAACUAGUAAGAUGCAGAGGCUUCUUCUCCCUAGCGCCGCUGCUUCUUUCCCUCUCCUUCCAUUUCCACACAACAAAACAAGCACAACUAUACGUUGCACUAGUGAGAGAAAAUCAAACACAAACCCUAACACAUUGAGAUGGCCGGCCAUCUCUUUCUCUCUAUUCGCCUCCGGCUUCUUUCUCGGCCCCUUAAUCGAUGGCCUACAUUCGAGAGUCAAUCUCGUCGUCUACCAAACCGGCGCCAUUGAUAUCGGCCCUCUCCACACCAACAUAUGGGUGCCUCCUUUACUUGGAGUGUUUUACUGCAGUGUGGGGGUGUUGCAGUUAAUCCUAGAUGAGAAGUUCUCUCCUAAUGAAAAGGGUAGUCUUGAUAAAGUAGUUGCUUCUCUUAUAGCUUUGGUUGCGAUAAUAGAAUUGAGUGCUGAAAUGUACAAAAGUGGAGUGGCGGACAAUAUUGAAGCAUACAUAUUAUUUGCCGGGGCUCAGCUUAUAUGGGCCUUGUUAGAUAAGACGACGCUUGGAUUCGCGCUUUCUUCCCUUGUCGGCAUUGCUUGUCCACUCGCGGAGAUUCCCAUCGUCAAGUUAUGGCAUCUGUGGUACUAUCCCGGAGCUAAUGUUGAGAUUUUCGAGGAGGGGAUAGUGAGUUGGACCAUUGUUUGUUAUUUUGUGUAUACGCCCUUCUUGAUCAAUCUAGCCCGUUGGAUCAAAACUCUUCUUGCUUCUAAACAAGAAUCCUAGUUUAGUUUCUUACAACAAAAUGUAUGUAUGUCUCUUACAAUGAAUUGUAUCAAAACAAUAUAUAAAAUUAUAAAUGAUGGCAGCUUUUUACUCCCAAA